UGACGCUCGUCAAGCUUGAACAGAUAUUUGUAGAGCGUGGAGAGCUGCGCGCAGAAAAGUUAUUUUGUUUAUUUUGAUCACAGUGGCGUUCUGCUCCGGAAGUACAUUUAUAUCAACAACUAAAGCAACGUAUAAAAAAUAUAACAACCAUAAAAAAGUGCAAGUGAAAUUGAUUUUUAACCAAGAACAAACAUAAUCAAUCAAAAUGGUACAAAAAUAUCAAUCGCCCGUCAGAGUUUACAAAUACCCCUUUGAGUUGGUGAUGAAGGCCUAUGAACGUCGUUUUCCGACAUGCCCGCAAAUGCCUAUUGUGCUCGAUUGUCAAGUGAUCAGUGACGAAGAGUUGGAUAACGGCGCCAAACGUAAUACAAGUCGUCGUUGCACUUUGGCUGUGGAAGCGCCUUAUAUUUUUAAGAAGUUAAUUGGUGUUGAAGUUGUUUACUUCAUUCAACAUAACUACCUCGAUAUGGCGAAUCGCACACUUACCAUUGAGGCUGUGAACGAGAGCUUCUCAUCGCGUAUUGAAAUUUUUGAACGAUGUCGUUACUAUUCACAUCCCGACAAUCCAGAUUGGACUUGUUUUGAUCAAACUGCCACAUUGGAUAUUAAAAAUUUUUUUGGCUUUGAACAUUCAAUGGAGAAAAUGGGUUUAAAACAAUAUACACAAACAACCUUGAAGGGUAAAGAGAUAAUAGAAUAUUUUAUUGUUGAAUUAAAAAGUGAGGGCAUAACUGAAGUACCACGUUGGGUACCAUCAAUUGAUGCAAACACUUCACCUGUUGCCGUAAAAACAGAUAUUGAUAAAUCCACACACGACAUUUUGCUCGAUGGUGAUUUUAUAGCAAAAAAUUUGGGACAUUUAUCGCCUAUGCAAGAAUCUAAAUUAUUAGAAUUACGAAAAAUGCUAGAUGGCGUUGAUGAUUUGGCCAAAAUGCCAAGUUAUCAGACCAUCUUGCGUUUUUUAAAAGCAAGAGAUUGGCACGUGAAUCAAGCUUUUGGAAUGCUAUGCGAUUCAAUUAAAUGGAGGAAAGAGCACAAUAUUGAUGGCUUACUGACAGAAUAUAAAGCACCAUCAGUGGUGAUAAAUCAUUUUCCAGGCGGUUGGCAUAAUCAUGAUAAGGAUGGACGUCCAAUUUAUAUAUUACGAUUAGGACAUAUGGACGUUAAAGGACUACUGAAAUCUAUAGGCACUGAAGGAUUAUUAAAAUUAUCCCUACAUAUUUGUGAAGAGGGUAUACAAAAAAUCAACGAAUCAGCUGAGCGUCUUGGUAAACCAGUGCUCAGUUGGUGUUUAUUAGUUGAUUUGGAAGGAUUAUCUAUGCGUCAUUUAUGGCGACCUGGUGUGAAAGCGUUGCUUCAUAUAAAUGAAACGGUAGAGCGCAAUUACCCAGAAACUAUGGGUCGUGUUCUAGUAGUACGAGCUCCUAGAGUUUUUCCAAUUGCUUGGACCAUCGUGAGCGCAUUUAUCGAUGAAAACACACGGUCGAAGUUUUUAUUUCAUGGCGGCGCUGACUGCUUGCAUAUGAAAGACGGACUUGAACAAUUUAUUGAUGCGAAUAUAAUACCAGAUUUUUUGGGCGGUCCAAGCAAGACGCUCAUACAUGAAGGGGGAUUGGUGCCAAAAACACUCUAUAAGAUGAAUUCUUUGGAAGAAGAGGAUGAAAAAAAAAUUAAUGCUGAAGAAGCGUCCGCUAUUCCACAUGAUCACUCCAGUCUUUAUAAAAGUGUAGAGCUUAAAACGAGUUACACUCAUGAGGUUGUCAUACGCAAUGAUGAUCCAAAGAGUGUCUUGACUUGGGAUUUUGAUGUUUUGCGUAGUGACUUGCAUUUUACAUUAUAUCGCACCACAAAAGAAUUACCACAGAAGAACGAUUCAGCCGUUUCGUAUUUUGAUCUUAGUGAUUUUGUUGAAGGAGACAAUUAUUUUAAAGAAGAACCCACUUUAAUUUGUCGCCACAGAGAAAGUGUGCAAGGCUCUCACGUUAUGAAUCACACUGAUAGCUACAUUAUGCAUUGGUUUAGCCCAACAAUGGGCACAGAUGGACCUGCACAAUUGAAUUACUUCUAUGAAAUAUUAAGUUCAGUUAAUUACAAAGGUUCAAUGACAAGUUUGCAAUCUGGUUUCUCAUCAUCAUCAGCUGCUAGCUCAUGCCAAAGUCGAUGAUAUGAAGCAAAAAAUCAUAAAUCCGAAAUGGAGAGUACAAAUAUAUUAGAAGCAGAAUUGAAAACAACUGCUAACAACGAUCGGGACGACGAUUUAAUUUCUGAACAUAACACAAAAUAAAUAUGAAAAUUGUUAUAAAUUAUAUUAUAUAUAAUAAAUGUUAUCAUUAGAAU